GUCUUCCUUCCUUCCUUCCUUCGCUUCCUUUCCUUCCCUUCCCGCUAAAGAGAGGAUCAGCCGAGGCUUUGGCCGCGAGAUGCUUCGCCUCCAAAGUUAAAGAGCCGCCAUCGCCACAAGCCCCCGGCUCCGGAGCCAGAGAGAGCGCGGUCCCUCGGAACUAGGCACUUUUCCCUUGGAAGGAAGGAGAGGGAGAAGAAGGGAAGGGAAGAAAAGGAAAGAAGAAAGGAAGGAAGGAAGGAAGGAAGGAAAAAAGGAAAAGAAAAGAAAGGAAAGGAACACGCAAGCUACCCAACUGAAGGGUGAGUAGCAAAGAAAAAGGAGAGAAGGAAAGGAAAAAAGAAGGGAAGACAGGAAGAAGGGAAAGAAGGAAGGAGCAAGGAAGGAAAGAAAGGAAAGAAAGGAAAGAAGAGAAGGAAGGAAGGAAGGAAAGAAGAAAGGAAGGAGGGCCAGAGGACAAGCAGGCGGGGGUCUGUCCGGGGUCUGGUCUGCCUUCCCUGGGCUGCCUCCCUCCUCCUCCUCCUCCUCCUGCCGGCUUGGCCCCGGCCCCGGCUCCUGUUCCUUUCCUGGGCCAGACCAUGGAGGAGCAGGGCCCCCGGGGCCACCCUGACCGCUUCGCCCCAGGCGCCUCUCCCUCCGAGGCCAAGUAGCCGCCGCCGCCGCUGCUGUUGCCGCUCCUCCCGAGCCGCCGCCUCCUCCGCCUCCUCCUCCUGGUCCUCCUCCGCCUUUCCCCUCCUUCGCCUUCUCUCGGACGGUGGCGGCGGCGCUGGGGCUUCCCUUGCCGAUGGACUACGGCCCGAGAUGGACGCUUGCCUUCGGACCCUUCAGGCAGCAGGCUGGCCCUCCUCUGAAGUAGAUGCCAGCUGGAGCUAGAUGUUCCUGGAGGAAACCCAGCCAGGAGCAGCCAAGGCCAAGAAGAAGAAGAGGAAGAGGAGGAAGGAGGAAGGAGGAAGAGAAGAAAGAGCCCUCGCCAGGCUGAGCUGAGAGGAUGCAGCCCGUCUCUUGGUACGCCCUGGUCCUGCUCCAGCCUGCUCUCUACCUGGUUACAUGUGCAAAUUUAACCAGUGGUGGAAAAUCAGAAAUUCUUAAAACAAGCAGUUCCAAAUCCACACUAAAGCACAUAUGGACAGAAAGCAGCAAAGACUUAUCUAUCAGCCGGCUGCUAUCACAGACUUUUCGUGGCAAAGAAAAUGAUACAGAUUUGAGCCUGAGAUAUGAUGCCCCAGAAACAUAUUCUGAGCAAGAUCUCUGGGACUGGUUGAGGAACUCCACAGACCUUCAAGAACCUCGGCCCAGAGCAAAGAGACGACCUAUUGUCAAGACUGGGAAGUUUAAGAAAAUGUUUGGCUGGGGUGAUUUUCAUUCCAACAUCAAGACAGUCAAGCUAAACCUGUUGAUAACUGGGAAAAUAGUUGACCAUGGCAAUGGGACGUUCAGUGUUUACUUCAGGCAUAAUUCAACUGGCCAAGGGAAUGUAUCAGUGAGCUUGGUCCCCCCGACCAAAAUAGUGGAGUUUGACUUGGCACAACAAACAGUGAUUGAUGCCAAAGAUUCCAAGUCUUUCAACUGCCGCAUUGAAUAUGAGAAGGUAGACAAGGCCACCAAGAACACGCUCUGCAACUACGACCCUUCAAAAACAUGUUAUCAGGAGCAGACCCAAAGUCACGUCUCAUGGCUUUGCUCCAAGCCCUUUAAAGUAAUCUGUAUUUACAUUUCCUUUUAUAGUACAGAUUAUAAACUAGUACAGAAAGUGUGUCCUGAUUACAACUACCACAGCGACACACCUUACUUUCCCUCAGGUUGAAGCAGAACAUGUGUCUGAGACUGGAUCCUGAGGAAUAAAUAAAUAAAUAAAUAAUAAUAAUAAUUACAAAAUCAUAAAAGAGGUCAUAUGACAGGGCUUUUACCUCAAAGAAGAAGGCCACAACUAUUGCCUGGAAUGUGUCUACGCUCUGCUGCUGAUGUCAACUGGCUGCAAACAUGUUAGUGGAAACCAAUUUAAUGUCAUUUCUGCCCAGUCAGCUUCAUGUAUCUCAGUCCAGUUGUAAAUCACGAUGGAUUUUAAAUAAUGCCGUACACAGUUUCUCUCUCUAUCUCCUUCCCCCUCUUUGCAGCUUGCAUCUAUUGAGAUUCCUGUUAAGAGGGCUUUCAUUGUCUGAUGUAUAAUGUUUCAGGAUAACCUAUCAUCAAGCAAAAAGGAUUAACUAGACAGAGAAUGGUUUCUUAACACAGACUGUAUGGAAAUCUCCUUUUUAAGUCUUGAAUACAUGAUAAUCAAUAAUCCCCACUCAUGCAUUCUAUCAUUUGGAGUAGCUGUACUGGUAAAUAAUACUGUGUAGGAGUAAAUGCUUGUUAAAAUGGGGGUGGGGGGAUUGUGUGUCUAGAGUUCAGUAUUUCUCUUUAUAUGAACACAACAAAGUAUCGUGACUUUUCUACAGCACACAGUGGGCACAUUCGAGGUUGUGUAAGGUGGUCCUUUUUCUGCUGAGGAAGCCUGUGAACUAAUAAAGAUGAGCAAACAUUUGGAAUUUACACGUGAACAGACCUUCUGCUUUUGUAGUUGGGCACUUGUCACUGCAAACAUGUAGAGUCAACUGAGACCACCAAGAUGUCCUUCGGUCACCGUGUAAGAAAGAAAAAAUGCCUGCUAGGCAACAUGUAAGUUGUAAGUGUCUGUCUUAUCUUUAUUACACAAUAUUGUAACAAAUUCAAUAUCCUAGUCUUCAUUUGUAUGAAUGGUUUGUAUUGUACAUAGUUUAACCUGUGUUAUUUGAG